AUGAGUUCUUAUUUUGUCAACUCGACCUUCCCGGUGAGUCUGGCGGCGGGGCAGGAGCCCUUCCUGGGACAGAUCCCGCUCUAUCCCUCGGGCUAUGCGGAUCCGCUGAGGCACUACCCCAGCACCUAUGGAGCCACGGGCGUCCAGGAGAAGGGCUACACCUCCUCUCCCUACUACCAGCAGAGCAACGGAGCCUACGGCCGCAGCUCCGCCUGCGACUAUGGGGCCGGCGGGUUUUUCAGGGAGAAGGACCCCGCCUGCGCCCCCCCCACCCUGGACGAGGUGCCCUUCGCCCCCGAGCCGCGCAAGUCGGACUGCGCGCAGAGCAAAACUGUGUUCGGAGAGAGCGAGGAGCAAAAGUGUUCCGCCCCGGUUUACCCCUGGAUGCAGCGGAUGAACUCUUGCAAUAGUUCCUCCUUCGGGCCCAGCGGCCGCAGAGGCCGCCAGACCUACACCCGCUACCAGACGCUGGAGCUGGAGAAGGAAUUUCACUUCAACCGCUACCUGACCCGGCGCCGGCGGAUCGAGAUCGCCCAUUCCCUCUGCCUGACGGAGCGGCAGAUCAAAAUCUGGUUCCAGAACCGCAGGAUGAAGUGGAAAAAAGAGAAUAAAUUGCUCAACUCCUCGCAACUGAGCGCGGAGGAGGAGGAGGAGAAAACGGCGGAGUGA